AUGGGUAUGGUUGUCGGAGAGCGUGUCAUGGAGUGCUUUCCGUUUGAAACCAAACUAAACGACGAUUGUCAUCUCAAAUUUGACUAUGAAGAAACGGAUCUCGUGCAAUCCAUCAAAAUGUCUUUCGUUCCUGUGCAGCCAUUCGGUUGCGACGAGGAUUCACCUAUUGCGCCAACUUCGCGAGACACUCCUCCACCCGUCGCGUCAACAGCUCAAUCCACUGACCAGGUCUUGGAUUCGGAUGAUGACGCAGAGGCAGAAGAUGGUGUAAUGAACUUGCUGCCCCAACUGAAAUCCACCAAUCUCGGAGUAAACUCAGUUUCGUUUGGCACACGCAAGCCGCGGUAUUUACGCGAAUGCCUAGACGGAAUGCUUUUAAGCAAACCAGAAGACCAUCACAUUCGUCUGAUGUGCUUCUCGGUUGUCGCUGACCUGAUUCGCGAGCAUCCAACGGCGGCAAAAGAAUUAGUUGUUGAUAUUGCCAGCGCGUUGCUUCAUUCACAACCGGCCACGUUUUCCGAUGAGAGUACAAUUUUGGAAAGUCAGCAUGCUGGGCUGGUUGCGCUAGGUGUGGUGGCUCCUAAAGACUGCUCCCGUUAUUUGAUAAACGAAUUCACACAGAUCACCUGUUCUUUUGGCCAGCGUCAAAGAAUAUUGAUGGCACUUACUGAUAUUGCUUGUGAACUUUCAAAUGUCCGUGUGAUUUCAGAGGCUCUCGAGAAAGUUCGUCCAUCAGUUGAGGUUAACACCCACUCCCUACCUGCCCAAGAAUCAGGACCUAAAACCCGCCGUUUUUGUAGCAAAAGGCCGCCCGAAGAACAGCGUGUGAAUACAUUUAUAUCUGUGGCCGGUGAUUUCUUCUUUCCUUUGUUAAAUAGUGUUUCUCAACUGUAUUCUGCUUCACAGAAGGGAUGUUUUGCCCAUCAAGACUCGGCUAUACUCACCCAGUUGAUAGCAACGCUUGGCACUAUUUACGCUUGUGCUCAUUCAUCUCCCAUUCAGGGACGUAUGGCACGCGAGUACUUGUAUUUACUACCCAUGAUUUAUUGUCAUUUGGAACCUACCGUUCGUCAGGCAUCAUUAAUAGCCUUGGGGACAGUGGUCACCACAACUCCAUCUGCUAUCCUAUCCACUGAGCCCACAUUUUUCCUUGAGGACAGUACACCGACCGGUACCGGUUCUUUCAAUUUGAUUGGCUGGUUAAAACGAUGCCUGGCUCGUGACACAGAUAAUGAAUGUCGGGCACUAGCCUCAUCCACUUUAACGGCCCUCAUCGAAAGAACUUGUGAGGCUAUCUCUUCGUAA